AUGUCGCACCGAGCCGACGGCUCUAACACGCUCGAUAAUCGUGGCUACACGGGCCCCCUCAUCCGCGGCCAAAACCCUGCUCUCCUCAUCGAAACCGCAACGCGCGACCGCAUCACUGACUCGCUGUAUUGGAAAGAGCAGUGCUUCGGCUUGAACGCCGCCACUCUUCUUGACCGCGCUGUCGAGCUCACAUACAUUGGCGGCACCUAUGGCGUCGGGAUGAAGCCGACUCCUUUCCUGUGCCUCGCCUUCAAACUUCUGACCAUCGUGCCCGAUCGCGACAUCGUGCUGGAAUACCUCAACAGAGGAGGGGACGAGUGGAAGUACCUGAGGGCACUGGCGGCGUUCUACGUGCGGCUGACGUUCGCGCCUACGGAAGUGUACAAAACGCUUGAACCAUUCCUGGAGGAUUCGAGGAAGCUGAGGCGCAGGCGCAAAGAGGCUUAUGUGCUCACAUACAUGGAUGAAUUUGUGGAUGAGCUGCUGACGAAGAAGAGAAGCAUGGGCACGGCGCUCUGGGAGUUGCCUUCACGGCAAGCGCUGGAGGAUCUGGAUCAGCUUGAGCCCAGGGAGAGCCCUUUGCAAGAGGAGCUGGAUAAGAUGGACGACGAGGAUGAAGAUGCAGUCAUGGGAGAAGCAAAUGGUGGUGACAGUAGCGCCAGCGAAGACGGCCGAAGCGUCAACGGCAGGAGCGCAAACAGUGAUCGAUCAAUGAGCGACUGA